AGUUUACUCCGCUUUCCAACCCAGGUGUCGCUGUUUGCUUGUCCAUUUACGGGUUCGCUCUUCUGCUAUCUGCAAUCUCACCACCACCCGAAACCCAGGGGCCUUCCACCUUCCCUCGACGCCUCGCGCAGGCGCAGGCCAACCUGCAGGCGAAUCUAUCUCUUGCUGAUCUACGUAUAAGUCGUGAUAUGGACUUCUACACCGCAUUGCUAAGGACUGGAUUUGGAGCGAUCACCUUGGCAAGCGAGGCUGUAUACCUAAACGAGGACUCUACCGUUAAUACCCCACGAUACACCUGGCUUGAAGAAGAACGUUUUCAGGAACUGGAAGCGGUUUAUAAUCAGUCUAGGGGUAGCAGCGGAAUGGCCGCCAUAGGCUCUAGCUCCACUCGAUUUUCCCAUGUGAAGACUUUCAGAAGUGGUUAUUCGCAUGAGAAGACAGCACAGCCCAGUUCGAAGCACCGGAGAUUUGACAGACCGACAGCUCUGGGCGUAGGCGCUGCAGCACGUAGUGGCAGAUGGAUAUUUAUCAUAGACUUCGCCGUCAACAUCUACCGCGUUCUUCUGAAAGCAUGGGCCCUCGUUAUUCUCAAGGUUUUGCACAAAGUUGGCGUAGGAUCACAGCCAUCAUGGCUUGUCCGCCUAGUUCGGGGCGGAAAGGUGACUAGGCAUGGUCCAGAUAUGCAGCCCAACAGGGAAUUUACCACUGGCCCACCAUCUACCAUUGAUGGUGUCUGGAUACCUCGAGGCGACCAAGUAGAUGUGGAAGCAGAAUUCCGAAAACGGAUGCUCGCGACCUUAUCAGACUCCAAUAGUUUGCAUGAGGGGGACCUUGACUCUCGCCUAUAUAAAUGGUGGCUCACAGGAGGUAUCUGGGGGUCAGUCGACGGAAGUGGUGAUUAUUUGCCCGAGGAGCAGAGCGAUAUCUCUGACAGCUCAAGCACAGCGUCCCUGAGCCUGCUAAACAGCGAAGAUAACGAGGACGGAGAAGCAGGAUACUUAGCAGGACCCGCCUCUUUCGCUACCCGAGAGGCCAGUGUUGGCAUUGACAUGCCGCUUCAGCUUUCCGACCUCUCUCGACUCCUCCAACCGAAAACUUUGGAUGACCAGGAGGAGGCUGAUACACUCGCAGCCCACCUCACUAGCGAUGGGGUUCUGACCCGCUCGCAUUACGAAAGACUCCGACGGCUUCAGUCAUCACGCAUCCUAGGAAAGGGGUUCACAGAUAUUGCGGCAAUCUUUGAAUCAUCCCAGCGUGCCACACUUACGGCAGAUCAAGAGUCCAGAUUCCUCGAGCGCAUUAUCUUAUCCAGACGGCAGUCCCCACGAUCUGAUCUCUCAGUCCACGACGCCCAGGCCCGGCCCGCUUCUGCAUCCGGUACGGGUGGAGAGGGUCCACCAUGCGUCGGUUUCCCUCGCGAUGAACAACUUUGA